GCGGCUUAUGCAGCUCUGCUUUCUCUUAUACAAAUUUCUUGAAAGCUAUAACUCCCCUUUUGCAUACAGCGACGAAGAAGACCCGUUGGAGAUGCGCAUUGUAGAUGUAGCUCGUGCAGCUGAAGAUUUGAUCGAGUCCUAUAUUAUUGACACUGUCCAGCUUUCUGCAAAAGCAGCCAACGACAAUGGUGAUGAACAAGUUAGUUGCAUACACUUGUAUCAAGAUCUGCAAAAUGUGAUAGAAGAAAUGGAUUUGUUGAAGAAAGAGGUGAUUGCGAUAAUGAGGGAGAAGGCAGUGCACCAGAGAACUGAUGGUGCUGAUUUUCGAUCCGAUUCCACAGAAAAGAACCAUCUCACGAUAGGGUUUGAUGAUGUGCUUCUUCAACUCCUUAUAGGCUUACUGAUGGAAACCCCAAUCGCCAAAUCAUCCGUAUAGUAGGGAUGGGUGGCAUCGGUCUUGCAAAAGGUGCGUUUGAACACCGGCUUAUUAAGGAUCAUUUUGAUAUUUGCGUGUGGACUACCAUUUCCCAAGAAUAUUAUAUAGUAGAAACUCUUAGGGAAGUUCUCACUCGAGCAAGAGGGUGCUCGAGCAAUAUUAAUGAGAAUGAUUUACAAGUAGCACUACACAAGUGUUUAUGAGGUAGGAGGUAUCUCAUUAUAUUGGAUGAUAUGUGGAGUAUAGAUGUGUGGGAUAAAUUGAAAUUUUCCUUUCCUGAUUGCAAUGAGGGUAGUCGAAUAGUAGUAACAACUAGGAUGUCGAACUUGGCUGCCCACUUGACUGAUUCCUACAAUGUCUGUAAGAUGAGUUUGCUAGAUGAGGAUAGUAGCUGGACUUUGUUAUCCAAAACUGUAUUUGGGGAAUAGAGUUUUCCUACUGAUCUCAAGCAAAUUGGAAAGGAAAUUGUUGGAAAAUGUAAUGGACUUCCUUUGGCAAUCACUGUGAUUGGGGGUCUAAUGGCUAAAUCCAAUUUUACACUAGGAUAUUGGGAGCACAUGCAAGAAAACUUAAGCGCAAUAGUGAAUUCGGAGAAUGAUGAUUAUUGCUUGAAAUUAUUGAAACUUAGCUAUAAUCAUUUGCCAGCCUAUCUAAAGCCUUGUUUUCUUUAUAUGGGAGUGUUUGAGGAAGAUAGUGUAAUUACUGCUUCAGAAGUUGUCAAGUUAUGGAUUUCUGAGGGAUUUCUGAAAUCAGUAAACGACAAAAGCUUGAACACAGUUGCCAGAGAGUACUUGAAAGAGCUAAUUGAUAGAAAUCUGAUUCUAGUUCAUGACUUGGGGUUCCUUGGGAAUGUAAAAUCAUGCAUGAUUCAUGAUUUAUUAAGAGAUCUAUGUAUAAAAGAAGCUAAAAAACAGAGAUUUUUUUAUGUCGUGGGAGAACA